AUGGCCGACCACCGAUUCCUGCGGUUGCUGCAGUUGCUUCGCGCGAAGUGCAAGGACCUCUCCGCCUGGGGACUGUCAGAUGCCACUUGGGGCUUGGCCAAAAUGCAGUGCAAGGACGAUGAGAUCUUCAGCCGUCUGUCCGCUCGCGCACAGAGCAUCAUUCAGGAGCUGGAUCCCCAGGGCUUGGCAAUCGUCGCUUGGUCGUUUGCCACCGUGGCUCGGCGAGAUGAGGCGCUGUUAGCUGCCAUUGCUGGAGAGUCGCGCAAAAAGCUGGACAGCUUCGGUGUGCAGAACAUCUCGAACCUGAUUUGGGCCAAUGCAACACUAGGUGUGCGCUCAGAUGCCCUGCAUGCAGACCUUUUGCAAGAAUCUUUGCGCCGACUGGAGGAGUUCACAACACAGGAGCUUGCCAUUGUCAACUGGGCCUUCACCAAGUUGGCGUAUCCUGUGGGAGAUGCCUGGAAGACUGCGAUCCGGAACCGAGUUUUACGUCUCAAGGAAUAUGCUCCUUCUGAGCUUUCCAUGAUAGCCUGGGCCCUGGCGACCCGGGGCGACUAUGAUCCUGAUUUGAUGGCCUACAUCGCCCGGCGCUCCAUGGAGCUGAUGCGGAGCUUUACCGGUCAGAACAUGGCGACAAUAAUCUGGGCCAUCGCUACCGUGUCGUAUAAAGACGAUCCUUCGAUUGACGAGUUCCUCCGGAUGGCCAUAGGUGCCAUCACCGCGCGGUCCAACGAGUUCCAGCCGCUGAACAUAGCCCUGAUCUCCUGGGGCUUGGCCAAGCUAUCUUUCAAGGCCGAAGCUGCGUUCGAAGCUCUUUGCGACUCCGCUGCCGCGCAGAUCGAUUCCUUUGUCCCGCAGAAUCUGGUCCAGGUGAUGUGGGCCUGUGGGACUGCAGGAUACAAGCACGAUGCCUUCUUGCGUGGCGCCGCUCGGGUUGCCAAGCGCACUGUGGAUGACUUCUCCUCGCAGCACCAGUCCAACUUCCUUUGGGCAUGCGCAAG